AUGAAUAAAAAAAAUUCUAGAGGCCGUCAAUUGUCUAAUGCUCGUAAAAUUCGAGCCGAAAAACUUAAUGAUGCUUCUCGCUUACAGAAGUUAACCACCAUUACUACUUCUUUGGAAUCGAUGAGUUUUGAAAAUCUUCAAAAAUUACAAAUAGAAUUGGAUAAUUUUAACAAUGAAUCUGAUUCUAAUGAACAACAUUUUUCUGAUGUUGAAAAGUUACGAGAGCUUAUUGAGAAUAUUAAGAAACUACAUGUCAAUCAAGUUAAGGCUGCAUAUUAUCUUUUUCAAAAUAUGAAAUAUACAAAAGAAAAAAAUCAAGGAGAUAUUUUUUCAAUUUAUGUACAAAAAAAAGCAAUAGAAUUUCUUAAAUCAGAAUUAUACAAAAAUACUGAAACAAAAGAUUAUCUUCAAAAAAAAGUCAAAAAACUAGAAAAAUUUCAAGACAAAUCUCUUU